AUCUAUCUUACUUCAAGACAAUCCAUUGAACACUUUCAUUCUCUCUAGAAUUUCAUUUCUUUAAUCUCUAUCAAUGGCGUUUAAGAAAACCCUAACUCAGCGUCUCUUAAACAUCACAAAAAUGUCGUCGCAAUCGCUCUCGAAUUGUCGCAUUUCCUCUUCUUCUUUUCAAUCGCGGAUCCCUUCCACCGCCGCCAAGCGCGACAUUGCCCCGGAGCCCGGGGACGACGGUGUUUUCCGUAGGUUUCUCCAUAAGAGAGCCGCGUUCCGACCGGAGGUCCGAUCUCCGCAUCCUGCCGGGGAGAGUCUAAUCCAGAAACUCCGGGAGAUGGACAUUGCGAAGAACCGGAUCCGGUUGGACGGGUUGAGUCCGCCGGAGAAGGAGAAAUCGGCGGUGGAAGUCCAAGAUGUUCGGAAAUUGUUGAGAGCCGCGCAGCUUGAGGCGGUGAAGUCGAAGCUGAGGAAGAUCCAGCAGAGUUGCGUGUCGUACUCGGAGUUUGUUCAAAUGUGCGGCGAGAAUUGUUCCGAUCGAGAACAAGCGAAGCAGAUUGCGAAAAUACUGGACGAUUCCGCAACUGUAAUCAUCUUAGGCGACGUCGUUUUUCUGAAACCUGAACAGGUAGCAAAAACAAUCCAGGCUCUGCUCCCUGUACCAGGACAAAAACCUAAUGAUGCAGAAACAAAAGAACUUGAAGAAAUGGAGAAAGUGAAAGCUGCUAUUGACAACAAAGCUGCCGCAGGGGUCCGCCGUGAGCUCUGGGGCGGACUCGGUUUUCUGACGGUACAAACAUUAGCAUUCAUGAGGCUCACAUUCUGGGAGCUUAACUGGGAUGUAAUGGAGCCCAUAUGCUUCUAUGUGACCUCAAUGUACUUCAUGGCUGGCUACACAUUCUUCAUGAGAACAUCCAAAGAACCUUGCUUUGAAGGUUUCUAUCAGAGCCGCUUCAGCACUAAGCAGAAGCGUCUGAUGAAACUUCACAAUUUUGACAUUGCAAGGUAUAAUCAACUCAAGGAUGGUUCGCCACUGGCAUCAUCUUCUGAGUUGAAUUCAACUACUGUUCAUCCAUUGAACCAAUUUCAGAGAUCUUUUUGACCUGUAUCAGGUCGUUCGUUGGUUGGUAAUAUGAGUAACUGUAUCCGAUUAUUGCUAAGACAGUAACAAAAACUGAAGUAAAAUGAAAAUGGUAUUACGAGGGUGAGAUAGAAUUAGGUGCGGCUUUAUGUACAAUAGCUACUGAGUCUUUUUUUUUUUUUUGCCUUUUGUUUAACAACAUAUUAACCUUUUUGAAUACAUUGCAAUCACCUGGCCCAGAGAAGCUUGGGUGAACUCUAAUGCAGUCUAAACAAAGUUUUCUUAAUUAAAUUUACCAACAAAUUUGUACACAUCUUUUUGCCAUAUAUCAACCAUAGACAGUUCUAGAUACAAAAUCCCCACCUGCAAUCAUCAAAUACACUAUUAUCCUUAAAUAAAUUUGCACUAUUAGCCUGCAAUCAUCAAAAUCCCCACCUGCAAUGUAUUUGGUAUAAAUUUGCACCAAAUUGUUUUUGACUUUUGCUUUUGUAAGAGAGUAAGGUCAACAAAAUCCCCACCGUUUUAAUUUUGUUGGUACCUAACAUCUAAACAAUACGUGUCAUGUCUGUUUAUAUUUAAUUAAAUUGAAUUUUGUUUUUAACAAAAUUAAAAGGGUGUGAUUGAAUUCUCCUAAAAAAAAUCAAAUCUUCUUUAAAACUAAUAUGAGCUAUUGCUGUGGUCAGUUGUCACUGUAAUUUUUUUGACAGUAAAUUUCUUCUAUACAAGUAACAACCAAUAAAAACUCAUCAUUGUCAUUUCAUAUAAUAAAUUUCAAAAUAUAUUUAAAAUAGGUAAGACCACUUGGAAAAGUAUUCAAACUAUUAUAAAUCUAAAACAAAUUUGAGAUGUCUUUAAAGUCAAUAAAAUAAUUGAUAGUGCGGAGCUACUUUUUAUAAAGUGAUUUUUAAAAAUUGAAAAAUUCAAAAGAAUUCAUUCUUAUUUUUCAAUGAAAUAUUGAAAAUGCAAUAAAUAUUUCCUUAUAUAAGUAGUAUUUAAAAAACAUAAGUAUCAAUAGUUAUACUACAUAAUUAAAAUUUUAAAUUUAUAUAUAAAGUAUGAUGUAAUUAUAUUAUGACAUUAAUCAACAGUUAUAUUAAUAAAAUUCAUUGUUGAUAAUAAAUUAUAAAGUAGAAUAACUUAUCUCAAAAUUACUUUUUAUCAAAUUCAUAUAUAAUGGGCUAUGUGGACCUUCUUCCUCUAUUUCAUUUCUAUAUUUUUUAUGUGUCGAAAAGAAAAAUACUUGUCAAUUUGGAUGAUUCCCUGAAAAGUGAAAGAGAAGUAAUAUAUUUAUAAAUAUUUAAUUUAGACACGGCUAAUAUAAGUAAAAUACUCUGAGAUGUGUUUUAAGGAAUUUUAAUUUUGUUUGAUCACUGAGUGAGAUGAGAGGGUUGGACGGGUUGGCUUUUUUAGUAGCACUGCUAGUGCGGAUCGCUCCUCCUUCGACAAUUUCAUCUCUCCUAUGAAAUUGGUUGACAUUGCUAUCUUAGGUAGGAGUUUUACCUAAUUCCAGUCUAAUGUGAGUAAUCUUAGUAGGCUGGAUAAGAUUUUGAUGUAUGAUGGUUAGUGGAAUUUGUAGGGCGUGGUCUCUUAGGGAGUUCUUCCUAGAGAUGUCUCAUAUUAUUGUCUGAUUAUUAUUAGAUAUUUCAAUUAAUCAUGGGGUCUGAAGACUUUUAGAUUUAAUAAUCAAUGACUUUUUCAUGGUGACUAUGUAGAAAGGCAGUUCAUACCAAUUGGAAUGAUUUCAUAUCCUCUAGUUGGAAAGAAUUUGUCCUUAAAGAGAAACUCAAUUUCUUGAAAGGGUGGUGAAAGUUUGGGAUAAAAACGUUAUUGGCAACCUUGACUUCCAAAUUGAUUUCCUAAGGCUAUGUUUGGGAGUUUGGAGGGGAAGGGAGGGGAGGGCUUUGAAAAAUAUGAAGAAUUGGGUGAAAAGGAUAAAAAGAUUUUGGGUAGGAGGGUUUUGGAGGGUUUGAGUUUAUUCAUAACACCAAAAACCCCAUAAAAUGGGGGAACUCAAAAAUUGUAUUGAAGGAGGGUUUUGGAGGGUUUUGAAGGGCUUACAUAAAUGUUCCAAAUAUCUUUUAAAUUGUUAUAGUAUUCCCAAAAUUAAAAAUAUAUUAAUGAUAAUGACUCUUUUAUCAUUCUAAACAAAA